GGUGCUGAGCGCACACUCACGCUGAGGACAGAGAUGCUCACACCGCUCAACAACACAGUCCACGCAAACUAAGUCCAAAAAGGUUUCACGAUGCUGCCAUUCCUCUGCAAUACCACUAGAGGCAAACCUUCCCUCCUCUAUUUAGCUCAGCUUCUCUUUCUCACUCUGUGUCUUCGCUCCAUUCUCGGGGCUACUCUCCGAGAGCAUCGACUGCGGGAGAGUGAAUCCGACGCGCCCCAGUCACCUAAUGCUGACAUGAUCAAAGCCUUGGAGUACAUUGAAAGCCUUCGUCAGAAAACAGAUUCGCCGCAGAAGCCGCUUCUCCCCACAGGGAACUCCGGUAAGCACUUGGACGAUGCUCAGAGGGCGCGCGCCAUGCUGAGCCUGGCUCCCAACACGGCACCUGCUAAAAAUGCCGAAGAAGACGAUGCGGAUGAGGAGAGAAGCGAGGAUAAGAGCGAGGAGCUGCUCCAGGCCGUACUCAGCACUCUACAGCAAACCGAAAAGGCCUCCAAGCCCACUCUGCUUCUUCCUUCCUCAUUCGGCGGUGGUGACAUGAAGGGUAGCUUGUACCCCAAGGUGCCGAAGCAACAGGGCAUUAUGCCUCACAAGAAGAUGCCCAUAAUGUUUGAGGAUGAUGAAGAAGGUGAGGGCGAUGAAGAGGAUGAGGAGGACGAUCACGAGAGUCCCUACAAACGCACCAACGAGAACGUCGAGGAGAAGUACACUCCUCAAAACCUUGCAACAUUGCAAUCAGUCUUUGACGAACUGGACAAGUUUACCAGCGAGACAAACACGCAAAAACGACAAGAUGAAGAGGAUGACACAGAGGAAGAGGAGGAAGGAGGGGAAGAUCUGUUCAAUCUGAGAAACGUUGUAUACGACGAUGAAGGUGAGGACCUUACAGACUGGGGUCCGCUGGAAGAGCAAAACGAGGAGGAGGAAGACAAACACUCGGCGGACCGGAAUCUCGAUUAUGUUGAUGAUGAUGAAGAGGUGGAUGAGGAUGAGAAUGAAAGGUAUCUGGUUAGAAGGUCAAAUGAUCCAGACCAGGUCGAUUACUACCUUCUUAAGAUGCUGGAAAGAACAGAAGAGGAGGAGCAGAAGCGAGCGAUAGAAGAAGAGGAGAACGAGAGGGUUGAGAGGCGAGUAGAUCGGUACAGAGAUAACAUUGACCCACGUCUUAUCUAUCAGCUCAUUCAAAUCUCCCAGAAAUACCAAAUUCCGCCUGAGGAUCUCCUGGAUAUGCUCAAGACAGGAGAAACGCAUGAGAACAGAGACAAAAACGCAAUCUGGAAAACGCCCUCGAAGAUGAUGUACAAGAUUCCACAAACUAAAUUCUACAGCAGACGCCUUCCUGCCAGAAAGAGCAGCCCCAAAAACCUGCAGAGGGAAGCCAUCCUCAACAUCCUGGGCUUGGGCAACACGCAGAACCGAGAGCAAACUCCCGCCAGGAAGCCAUACAGAAGCCCUGCGUCACGACUUCACGCUCUGUCAGUGGGGCGCACGGGGGACUCCGCUCGCACGCAUCGACGUUUCUUUCCCAGCAAAGCAAAGGACUCUGACAACCCGACAGACGGCGAGCUGGCGACCUAUCUGGCGGCUAAGAUGCUGGCGCGCUAUCCCGGCCACGGCUACGGCAAGGCCAGCCAAAAGCGGGAUGAGGCGGGGCAGAGCGCGGCAGGCUCGUUUGAACAGGCCAUGCAGGAGUAUUUGGAUCAAAUGGACUCAGAUAAAGAGCUGAAUAAAAAGAGACAGUCUGAGGACGGCGAGAGAGGCGACAACACACAAAGCUUUGAUAAUGAAGCGGUGAUGAAACUGAUGAGUUACUUCAACCCGGAAACUGAGGACACUGAGAGUCAAGUCAAAGCGAUCGAUGGUAUUUAAAU